CGUGAACCGGAACCUCUUGCCGCCGCCGCCGCCGGGAGCCGGGCGCCGGGCGCCGAGCGGGGAGCGCGGGGGGACGCGGCCUGCCCGGCGCCGCCCGCCAUGGCUGCGGCGGGCUGAGCUGGGCGCGGCGGCCGCACAGUCGCGCCGACCGGGGCCAUCUCCCGCCGCCGGCCGGCCGGGCGCGCGCGGAGGCCGAGGGGGAGCCGGGGCCGCCCUGGUCGCUGCCGCCCAUGGCGAGGCCGCGCCGUCGCCGCCGCUGCUACCGCUGCUGCCGCUGCUGCCGCUGCUGCUACUGCUGCUGAGCGGGCGGCUGCGGCUUGCGCCCCUCCGCUCGCCCGCGCCCGCCGGGCCCCGGCGAGGAAGCGCGAGGCGCGCGGUUGGUGGUCGGGGGCCGCCCAAGAUGGGGAACACUACCUCGUGCUGCGUGUCGUCCAGCCCCAAGCUCCGCAGGAACGCGCACUCGCGCCUCGAGUCGUACCGGCCCGACGCCGAGCUCAGCCGCGAAGACACGGGCUGCAACCUGCAGCACAUCAGCGACCGCGAGAACAUCGAUGAUUUGAACAUGGAGUUCAAUCCUUCAGACCAUCCCCGGGCCAGCACGAUAUUCCUCAGUAAAUCUCAGACUGAUGUGAGAGAAAAGCGCAAGAGUCUCUUCAUCAACCACCACCCUCCAGGACAAAUAGCGAGGAAAUACAGCUCCUGUUCCACUAUUUUCCUAGAUGAUAGCACAGUCAGUCAACCGAACCUCAAGUAUACAAUUAAAUGUGUAGCUCUUGCAAUAUAUUACCACAUCAAGAACAGGGAUUCAGAUGGAAGGAUGCUCUUAGAUAUUUUUGAUGAAAACCUUCACCCUCUCUCGAAAUCCGAAGUACCGCCCGACUACGACAGGCAUAGCCCAGAGCAGAAACAGAUCUACCGGUUUGUGCGGACGCUGUUCAGUGCGGCCCAGCUGACAGCCGAGUGCGCCAUCGUCACCCUGGUGUACCUCGAGCGGUUGCUGACAUACGCGGAGAUUGACAUCUGCCCGGCCAACUGGAAGCGGAUAGUUCUCGGGGCGAUCCUGCUCGCCUCCAAGGUUUGGGAUGACCAGGCCGUGUGGAACGUGGACUACUGCCAGAUCUUGAAGGACAUCACUGUGGAGGACAUGAAUGAGCUGGAGCGACAGUUCCUGGAACUGCUGCAGUUCAACAUCAACGUACCCUCCAGCGUCUACGCCAAGUAUUAUUUUGAUCUCCGGUCCCUGGCAGAGGCCAACAACCUGAGUUUCCCCCUGGAGCCACUGAGCCGAGACAGAGCCCACAAGCUGGAGGCCAUCUCUCGCCUGUGCGAGGACAAGUACAAGGACCUGAGGAGAAGCGCGCGGAAGCGGUCAGCCAGUGCCGACAACCUGACGCUGCCCAGGUGGUCCCCGGCCAUCAUCUCCUAACCGCCCAGGCCCCGCCGCAGGCCCGCCGGCCCUCCAGCCCGUCUGAGGAAAACAGACAAACUUGGGGUGGUUUUGGAUUUCAGGGUUUUUUUGUUUUCUUUUUAUUCCCCUCUUUACUUCCCCCGCCCCAUUUUCCCUUUCCCUUUCUUUUAUUAUUAUUAUUUUUUUUUAACUCAGCUCCGUCCGCCGCCUCCCACCGCCCU